AUGUCUCGACAAAGACUCGCAAUGACGGCCAUGGCUGGCGUCGGCGUUUUGGGCGCGACCAUGUAUGCCACCUCGAAAGGAGGAUCCAAAACCGACGCCCAGGAGAGGAGAGACAAGGCCCAGGAAACUCGCGAGCUCGGCAUGGGCAGCGCAGGCGUGGGAGGCAACAGAAUGACCGGCGGCCCCAGCAACUCAGCAGCGCCAUCAGGCUCCGAGCGAGAUCCCAACAACCGCCAGGUCACCACGGCAGAAACCAGAGACAAGCUGCCGUCUGGUGGUGUCGGAGGCGGCGAGGCGGGAAGCAAGUCAGAUCACUCUGGAUGGCCAAACCCGGCCAAUCUCUUGGGCAGCGUUCAGAAGACGGGCAGCAGGACUGGUAGCCGGAGUGAUGCGGAGGGAUAUCACGAUACAAAGGGCAUCAGCAAGAUGGGACCUGAAAUAGAGACGAAGCGAGGACCUGCCGACACUACAAGACAUUGA